GACGGGAAAAUAAUAAACAUUUUAAAGAGGGCUGUGGGAGACCUGUAACCCGGCCAUGUUCCGCGGACUUGGAAGCUGGCUGGGGUUGGAGCCGGAGCUGGAAACACAAAAGACAACAGAGGAGGAAACCGGAAAGAAUGAAGAGACUAGAAGCGUGGAACAAGGAGACGGAGGAAAGUUGGAAAGCGCCGGGGAAGAUGGACAGUGUGAGCAAGAGGCCAAUGAGUCAGAGGAGGCGCUCAUAACGCAGGCCAAAGACUUUGGCAGUUACCUUCUAAACUUUGCUUCCGUUGCUACAAAAAAGUUAUCUGAAUCUGUAGCUGAAACGGCUCAAACUAUCAAGAAAUCAGUAGAGGAAGGAAAAAUCGACGGUAUAAUUGAUAAGACGAUCAUUGGUGAUUUUCAAAAGGAGCAGGAAAAAUUUUUACAGGAGAAGAAUUUCAAAAAGUCAGACGCUUCGGUUGCUCCGUGGGUUGGCUAUAAUGAAGAGGAAACCAUUCAACAACAAAUACUGGCCCUGUCUGCAGACAGACGCAAUUUCUUAAGAGAUCCUCCAGCUGGAGUACAUUUUAACUUUGACUUUGAGCAGAUGUACCCCGUUGCCCUUGUAAUGUUACAGGAAGAUGAGCUACUUAAUCGAAUGAGAUUUGAUCUUGUCCCAAAACUUGUAAAGGAAGAUGUGUUCUGGAGGAACUACUUUUACCGUGUGUCUUUGAUUAAACAGUCUGCACAAUUAACAGCCCUGGCAGCACAGCAGCAAGCAGCAGAGGAAACUGAUAAGGUUAAUGGCAGGCAAAAUGGUGGUGACUUAGAAGAAACUGUAAGGCCAAAGACUCCACCAGUGACUAUCAAAUCCCCACUUAAAAAUUCAGAGGAAGAAGAGGAGAUUUCUACAAGCCCAGGAGUGUCUGAGUUUGUGAGCGACGCUUUCGAUGCAUGUAACCUAAACCAAGAAGAUCUUAGAAAGGAAAUGGAACAGCUUGUUCUUGACAAAAAAGAUGAGGCUGAUAAAGCAGAAGAUGAAACAGAGGAUUGGAUAAAGGAGUUACAGGAUGUGGUUCAAGAAUAUGAGGUGGUCACAGACAAAAUGAAGGAUGACAAUUGGGACAAAGAGAUUGAGGAACUUCUACAAGAGGACUAACGCAAUACUGUUCAGAUGGACUGUGCCUAUACUAUUCUCAUUCUACUCUAGUCAUUCCUUCAGGCUCUGCUCCACAGAAUAAGAUCAUGGCUGGUUUCACCUUUUCUAACAGAGCAUUUACUGCAGUGGGAGUACAGUUUUAGAACUAGCGGUGGAACAUUAAGUGCUAUUAACCUGAAGCUCUGGGGAGCCCUGUCUGUUCUUGUUGUUGAAUUGUAAUAUUCUUGUUUAAAAGGCAUUUAACAGCACAGAGGUCCUGUUCAUUUAUAUGGGAUAUGGACUUAAGUUCAACUGACAACUGACAUGUAAUGCAUGUUUAUGUUUCCAGCCACAUCUAUGUUCACUGUAAAAUAAGACAUAUAUAGAUAUAUAUAUAGAUUUAGAGAGGUCACUGACAGUUUAAUUAUUUAAAUGUCAUUGUAGUAUAAAUAAGAGCUAAAAGUCCAAGUAUCUUCAGAGGUGAGUGGUGCCAAACUGUGGAACACAAUUUAUUUUUUACUGUUCAAAAUAUGAGAAUUGGUUUGCCAGUUUGAUACAGGCAAAAUGAUUCAGGCCUGGUUCUAUGUAAUUGAAAAGUAAAUUGUAUCCUGUCUGGAUUUGUUUUGUGGGGUUUUUUUUUUUGCCCAUAUUUUUGUUUUUCCUUGACCUUAAGAACAUUUUUACCUGAUUUUAAUCUUCUGACCUAGUUUAAAUGAGGACUUGAACCAAGCCAGGUAUAGUGUGUAUAUUCCAGUUUGGUUUGAGAAAAUUUAUAUAGCUGAAUAAAUAAUUUAUGGUA